AUGGAUAAAACUGGAAAGACUUGUGAAAUGAAUUCGAGUGAUGAGAGUGAAAAUAAGAACCCUAAAGAAGUUGAGGAAAGUAAAACUACACCAGAGCAGCAAACUGAAAGACCUCUUAAUCAUUUAGAAAGUUCAAAUUUACCGGAAUGCAGUGGUGAAAGUAAGAUAAAUGAAAAAAAAGAGGAGUUGGAUGCAACAGGUGUUUGCCCUCAUAGUCAGUCAAAGCAACAGGAAGAGACUGGUCAUGUAUCUAGGAACUUGGAACAUUCUGAAGGUAUUCCAUCAUUUCAAUGCUGUCAGCCUGUAUGUUCCAUAUUGAAGGGUGAGAAUGACAGCCAGACAGAGCAAAUGAAUGACAAUGUGGAAGAACCCGAAAUGGAUGUUCAGAAAGGUGAAGAUUCAGAUGAAGUUUUUGAUCUUACUGAUAAUGAGCCUGAAAAUGAGUCAGAUCUGGGAGCUUUUUAUGAACAAGAUCAGAGUGUUUUAAGUAUAAAUGAGGUAGAUGCAGAUGACAGCAAAGGGAAUAUUGAAAAUCUGAAAAACACUGAAAUAAGAAGUGAUGAAGUUUUAGUUAGACAGCCGAAGAACACUAAAUGUUUAGAGAAAAGUGACACAUUUGCAUCUAUUUAUAAAUGCUCCCAACCAACACAAACGAUAUAUGAUCUUUGGGCAGUAAGAAUAAGUGUUUCAUUCAUACCAGCAGGAGCAAGGGAAGAAGCUUACAGAUUUGGUACAUUCUGCUUGAGAGUUGAUCUAGAAAGAGGUAUCAGUAUUUUAUUGGCCAGAGAAGGGUUUUUCUGUAACAAUAAUUCAGAUAUAAUUUGUGCUUUCUGUGGACGCUCAUUACAGCAGUAUCAUCUACGUCUUGGAGACAGACAUUUGAAUGUCUUCCUGGAAAGGCAUAGACAUAUCUGUAAUUUAGCUCAUAACAUUUCAAUGGCUAUCUAUGGAAUUAACCUUGCACAUCAUGUGCAAGUUAUGCAAGGAAACCAUGAUAGUUUAUGUGUCUCAGGAAGCCAUUACCAACAGCAGGGAGUAUGUUCAUUUGCUCAACAGAUGCGUGGACUUUUUCCAAAUACAUGUAUUGUUCCUUCCGGAACAACUUACAAUGAAGCUCAACGAUUCCUUCCAUGGCCAAACCUAGUUGAGCAUCACAGAAUGGAUGGAAACAACAGCAUACCAAGAAAUGUAAAUGAUAUGCAAAUGGAAAAUCAAGAGUCUAAUCCACAUCAGGACCCUCCAAGAGAAAAUCAAUCAACAACAGAACACUUGGCAAAGACAACAAAAUCUGGUGCUCCAGCCACUACUGUUCAAAGAUCAGCAACAUUACAGGCAGAUUGUUUUAUGACAGGAGCUACUGGUACUUCAGCUGAUCUAUCAAGAAGGUCUCAUAAUGAAAGGAAUAGAGUUAGAAGAGAAAGCCGAAGAUGCGUUAGAUAUGUUGACUUAGAACAUGCUGAUAUGAAUAGACGAAUCGCAUCUUUUAAUGAUCAUAAUGAAUUCAGACAAAGACCGAGAGACAUGGCCCUGGCUGGAUUAUAUCACUCUGGUACACAUGGGAAUGUGAGAUGUUUUAGCUGUGGUGUUGUACUUGGGGAGUGGAAAGAUGAUGAUGUUCCUCUCUUAGAGCAUAUUAGAGAGCAACCAGAAUGUGAUUUUAUUCAGGAGCAUGUUUUAGAGUUCAUUAGAGAUCAUCCUCAUUCUGUUGAUGGUAUUGUACAAGCUUUUGUAGGCUCUAGUAUCGGGACAACGGUUAUUGGUCGUGGAUUUACAAGAGGAGAUGUUGUAGAUGGUAUACGGAGACUACUUAGAAAUGGAGAACGAGUUACUGCUGACAGUAUCAUUUGCGAGAUUAACAAAGAGAAUGUAAACAUUGGCGUCCAAUUUUCAUGAGGAAAUAUUUUAACACCUGUGCUUAGAGAUCAUGAUAAAAAACAGUGUAUAAACAUUAAAAAGUAACAUAGGACAAGGUGGGAAUACAUUACUGGGAAAAAGAUAGAGAUUCAUCAAUUUAGUAACAGAUACAUUAAAAUACAGACAAAUAUCAGUGAUAUAUGGAUAUAUCGAUAUAUACUCCUAAUUUCUUGUGUAUAAUUCACUUUCAUAUAUGUUCUGUUCAUACAAAUGUGUUUUGUCCUGUUCAUUAAUGUCCUUUGCAGGAUAUUUUCUUACCAUUUUUUUGUCAUCACUGCUAUGAAAUGUGUCCAUUA